UGUGUAGAGUUAAAAUGAACGAUGUACGGGAGAUUUCAGAUAUCUAUCCUAACAUAUUUGAGAUUAAGAAAAUCAUGUUACUAGAUAUUUGGUUUAUAUAUUCAUCAAUAAAGUUUAGUAAUAUGGCAUGGGAAUUCACCCACUGAAAGAACCAGGUUAACCAAUCGUCUUUCAAAAACAAAGUUCAAUAUGACCAUGUGAUUUACAGUACUGUUCAACGUAAACAAAGUUGUACGGAAGGGAGUUUUCAUGUUUCGUGAAAUAUUAAAGUAAUCACGAUGUGUAGCGUUAAAAUGAACGAUGUACAGGAUAUUUCAGAUACAAGUUGUCCCUGACUGAGGUAUUGUCAUCUAAGACGUUAGAUCCCAAGGGUGGCAAUGCUUUGAACAGAUCAAUAUCAGUUAAUCGUUUUUGGUUUUUAAGAGUUUGGAAUGACAGUUGGUCCGAUUGCGGUGGAGAAAAAGUUGAAAAUAGGGAGAGUAGCAAAUACUGAUUCAUAUGCGAAGCUGCUUACUUAAUAAAACGGAGUCUGCAUUUCGUUUUUUAAUAAAGCUUCUUGUAUCUUUCAGGAUUUUAUGACAAUGAAUUCUACAGUAACAGCGCUGUGUUUACUCUGCUUGGUUCUGGGUCCAGUUUUAGCAAAAAGGGCGCUUUGUGAGACAGGCAAGAAGAGGUACUCAGAAAUCAAGGGAAGAUGCGAGCGCUGCAAGUGUCCACGUGGGUACCAGCAAACGGUCAACAUGGAUACUAGUAUUCCUUAUGAUGAGAAACUCGGGGCCUUACAGUGUCCAAACUGCACCCGUUGUGAUCCCGGUUACUAUAGUAACCGACAGACAGGUUUAGUGUGCGUUGAGUGUUCAACACCCUGUGAUGAUUUGAACCGUCAUACGGACGUACCAUGUGACGGCCGACAAAAUUCACGAUGUGGGAAAUGCAAGGACGGGUACUUCGAAUGGUUGAAAGGGGCCGUUUCCUGUGCGCCGUGUACAGAUAAUUCGGAUAGGACUGAAUGUGUCAACCAAACAGCAUAUUCAACAGCCUCGCCAGCCUCCUCUGUUACAGAAUCUGGUUCUGGUCAUUCAAAGGGUAUCGAUAAAAUCCAGACCUCAACGCCUGGCUGGUCUCCGCCGCAUGGAAGUCGUAGUGAUAUGACUUUGGUUAUUUUAUGUGUGGUCGUAGUGGUCCUUUCUAUCCUGGUGUUAUUCGCUGUGUACAAGGUCGUCAACAAAUGCUGUAAUUCAUCGGGUGGAAAUAACCAACAUUUUGGGUCAAGGUCAACUUGUACUACAGGAUCAUCCGGGUCCCUGUUAAAAGAAGGGGUGGCUAAUGAUCUUGAAAUGGACGCAGAGUUAUGUGAAGAUAUGGAUCAUACGGAGAUAAUGCCAUUGGGUGGUUUGAGUGAAGAUGAAAUAGACAAAAUGAAAUUCACAGUAGUGAAGAGAGACGGCAGGUUACUUCGAACAAUUGCUACUAAGAUUGACAGAGAUCCAACCUCUGCAUUCAUAAAUCUAGAAAUCGGAAAUAAUGUGAUAUUUCAAGAGCGGAAGAACCAAGAGAUCCACAAACUGACCGUGGCGGAGUACUAUCUCUCAGUCCUCAAAAAGUGGGUGGAGAAAAACGGUAAGGAAGCCAGAAAGUCGGUACUGUACGCUGCGUUUUGGAACGCUAAAAUGUACUCAGUCUGUGAAUUUAUCUCUCGUGAAGAUGAAUCCUAAUGCAGUAGUAAUAGUCGACAAUGAUUUUAUGUGAGAGUGUAUGUGUUUUUUGAAAUUGUAUUGUGAGUUUCUAAGUUGUAUGUAUUGAUCAAAGAAGUCAUUUCUCUGUGUUUUUCACUUGAUCACAUUAUCAUUGUUAUUGCUAAGUUUAUUAUCUGAUAUUAUAUGAGAUACUUUAUUUUUGAAAUGUCAUUGCAUGAGCACAUGGUCUCGUUCUGAUAAAUGCAUCAUUAUGAGUGUUUUGUACAAAUGAUUUACAGUCAUUAUAUUGAUAGAUAAAUCUCUGAUUUAGCAUUGCUAUAUGUUACUAACUGCCUUUUAACUAUCUUUUGUGAUCUCUGUUUAAGAUUUGCAGGAACUGUGGGAAUGGGUUUGCUUAAGCAAUCCUAGUUAAUGCAAAAAUCUGCCAUUUGAUAAAAUGGUAAAAGGAAUGUUUCUCUGUAUCUCUGAAUAACAAGAUAAUGUAACCACCCCCACCCACCCCCAUUUCUCCCUAUACUGCCAUAUCUCGCUUUCUGUGAUAUUGACCUACAAAAGCAGUUUUGAUUCACGAAUUAAAACAUAGCACAAUACAUCAUUGUCUCACUGUAUAUAGAAAAAUAGAAUAUAAGUUGAGUUGUAGGUCUUCCAUUUUCUUCCUAUUCAAUAUUUUUCGUCCAUGAUAUGUUCAAGGGGUAUUAAAUUAUAAUGAUGCAAUAUCAAUGCAAGUUCACAAUUGGUGCAGUGUUCGUUGUCUGUUAAAUUCGCUGACGUUAUGUUCUAUAUGAUCACUGUUUGUGUUCGCUGUCUGUUAAAUUCGCUGAUGUUAUGUUCUAUAUGAUCACUGUUUAUGUUCGCUGUCUGUUAAAUUCGCUGACGUUAUGUUCUAUAUGAUCACUGUUUAUGUUCGUUGUCUGUUAAAUUCGCUGACGUUAUGUUCUAUAUGAUCACUGUUUGUGUUCGUUGUCUGUUAAAUUCGCUGACGUUAUGCUCUAUAUGAUCACUGUUUAUGUAGAGUCCUGCUGUGAUCCAUGAGUUGUCUUCAUUCAUGCCCACUUGUUAGUUGUUGUCUAUUUUUAUGCAUGUAGUUUUUGUUCAAUGUGUAGAAGUUGAUAUUUUUCGUUAAUGCAAUAUGAAUAGAAACGGAAAUGUGUUUGUAUAUUCAUGGUUAUUGUCAAAUAUAAAAAAAAAUAAAAUAAAGUUAAACAUUUUAAAAGAGUACACAGAUAUCUCAAAUAUCAAUACAUUUGAAUUUUGAGUACAAUUUUUAGUGACUUAAAAUUCAGUCCUGAAGUCAAAUUAUAUUUGCAUUUCCAUUGUUUUUACCAUCGAUAUCUUUACCAAUUUAAAAAUGUAUGGCUAUUUCAACAGUGUGCGUAUGAAUCUUGAUAAGGAUAGUACGACUAUUUUAACGGCUUGGAAUAUUCCGACAGAGGUGAAAGUAAACUGUAAAUAUAAAAAAUAAAUUUUAUUUUUGAAAAUACAUGCGGGUAUGAGCAGCAAUGUUUCACGCCAGAAUGUUGACAACAAAACAUAUUGAGGCCAUAUCCCAAUAUCUUUUGUUGUCAACAUGCAGGCGUGAAGAGUCGCAGUUCAUGCCCUCAUGUAUUUUCAAAAGUAAAUCGCAUCCACGGUUUAACGUUUUGUUAUCCAGUAUGAAAACACGGAGCUUAAUGUAUAGUGCUUGCAAUUUGUAAUGUGAUAUUUGUUUAUGUGAUGUGCGUUCAUGUGACACACACUCACACGUGUGUGUGUUACAUGUGAUGUUUUUAUAGUGAUAUCUAGUGCUUUACGUAUAAAAGUUUCAUCUUGUGUUGUAUUUGUUCUCGAGAUGACUUAGGGGACCGAUUUACCAAUGAUAGACUUUUUUUUAAAUUUUACAAAACACAAACUGAUCUCUGGUGUAUGUUGAUACUAUUCUAUCUCCUCUAUAUUGUGUAAUACUAUAUUACUCUAAUGGUUAUGUUCUUGAGGCAAACUGUUUACGUGUACGAGACUGUAACGCCAAACGAUUGAAGUGGGUAUUCAAGUUAGGUCAAAGUUGAUGAAAUGUUCUUCUAUGUGAUUUGACGAAAGAUAGCUCCACAGCAAAUGCAACGUAGGCACACGCUGAAAUCGUCAUAUAAUCUGAGUUCGUAUGUUUAAAAACGAAAUAUAUUUUUCAAGUACAUGUAUGUAUACAGUUUUUCUGGUCAAAGUUGCGUUAAAACAAAAUGCAACCAUAAGACCCUAGCUGUUUUCGGUUUUGUAAUGUUUGUUUCAGUUAAUAUGGCAACUAAAAUUUGUUUGAAUUUGUACAUAGAAAAUAUAAGUUUCUGAUGUGUCACAGUGUAUAAUUAAAGUUACAUGUGGAAAACAA